AUGUCUGGUCGUGGCAAGGGUGGGAAGGGCUUAGGGAAGGGGGGUGCCAAGCGCCACCGCAAGGUGCUGCGCGACAACAUCCAGGGCAUCACCAAGCCCGCCAUCCGGCGCCUGGCCCGCCGUGGCGGAGUCAAGCGCAUCUCCGGUUUGAUCUACGAGGAGACUCGUGGUGUGCUCAAGGUGUUCCUGGAAAACGUGAUACGGGAUGCCGUCACUUAUACGGAGCAUGCUAAGCGCAAAACUGUCACAGCCAUGGACGUAGUUUAUGCCCUGAAGCGACAAGGACGCACUCUCUAUGGCUUCGGUGGUUGA